AUGGAGGCGGCAUCGAGCUCUUCAUCCUUCAAGAGAGAGCAGUCUCUUUCGCGUGAUAUCAAACGCUUAAGCUCGCUGGUCAACAACCAAGUAGACGAGUUGCGAAGAGAGGGCACACUACCGGAGAACCUGGCACGACAAGCAACCAUUCUUGCUACUAUCACCGAUCCCUUGAUGCAAUUCAUCGACGCUGGAAGCUCCAAAGGUCAUCCAACUGUGGAAGCCCAACAGCAGUGCAAGAAGCCGGAACAGGGAUUCCGAGAUGGUCCUCUCGAGAGUGCACAUUUGGGAGGAAAAGCCAAAGAUGAUGCAAGUCACGAAGGUUAUCCCUCUCCACGAAGCAGCACUCAAACUGAAGAGGGCGAAGGGAUGUCCACGUCGAGCACGCCUGCGUUCGCAAUCCCCAGAGUAGCUGCAGCAGUUCCUGACGAACACGCCGCAAAGAACGUCGAAGUGAGCAGUGAAGACUCCUCCGCAAGUGAUUCAGUGCCAGUUGCCAGAGGGCCUCGCGUGCUCAUGCCUGGCUUCACGAAGCACUACGAAGAGGUCGUCGACUUGGACGUCGAAGAUCAUGCUGCUCACGAUAUGGGAGCGGAGUUGAAAAAGUGGUGCGAGACUACUCCGCUACCGAAGAGGCGGUUUGAUACUGUUUCACACUCACUCAGGGAGCAUGAAUGGGUACUCUCCUUGGUGGCUGACCUUCCGAAGAGGCCUGGGUAUGCGGAUAAGGAUGGUGAUGAGGAUGAUGGCCACAAGAGAGGAGAAGGCUCUGAAAAAGGCGCAUCACCUGCCGCGGAAGGCGAAGAUGCUACUUUACAAGUACACCAUGAUGAUGAUGCGGAGAGGUCAGGAGAAGAUGCUGUUCAACAAGGAUCGCAUAACGAUGAUGCCGAGACACCAGCAGACAAUCAGUCCGUGCAUCCAACCGAAGACGCGAUUCGAAACAGUUCGAACGAGUCGUCACCACGAGGAGCUUGCCCUGAAGAAGUCGUGUCGCCAGCAAGUGUGGCGUUGCAAAGUUCGAGGCCACCAACUCCAAGUGAUGGACCUCAGCGCUUCUGCCCCUUCCGCAUAGCCAACAUCACCGGAAAACCUCCUCAAAAUCUCCGACACAAACAACAAGCGCAACCUUCCCCCCUCCAAACCAACUCCCCUCCCACCAGAGGCCAAGACAUCCCCUGGGACCCCCGCCACCGCCUCUCCCACCAACUCACCCCCUCCUCCACCUCCACAACCUCCCCCCGCAAGCGCCCGCGCUCCCCAGAACCAGGCCACCGGCCUCCCCGACGCGGCGAGAAGCUAGUCUGCCUAGGCUGCCUCCAGACCAGAGCGCGCUGCUCCGGCGAGACCGUGUGCCGGGCGUGCGAAGCGCAGGGCUGCCGCUCACGAAGGCAAUCUCCACCUAGCAUCAACAUCCGCCCAAGUAUGAUGGGCGACGACAUUCCAACGACUGAUACAGACUGUAGAUGCCCAAUCAUUCCGCAAAGCGCGGCAAGUGCAGGUUGGAAGAAACUUCGCGGAACCGCCGCUGUGACCAUUCACUUGUUUAAGUGCUUGGAAACUCUCACCCGCGUGAAGCAGCUCGAGGAGGAGAAUAAGCAGCUUCGAAUUCGCCUCUCACUCUCGCGAUUGCCCACAUGGCCGAGUCAGUCCCCCGUAGCGAUUCAAGCAAGCGAUGCUAACAUCUCGGCCUCUCAAGACUCUUCAAGUCAACAGUCAUCUCUCGGACAAGAUAUAUCUUCUGGACGUGAGCCAUCUUCUGGGGGCCCUCUCGAUUCCCACCCUCACACGCAAGGCUCUCCCGACGCAGCAGCAACCGCCACACCCUCACAACCUGUCUCAUGCGCGCUGGAUCGACGAGCCCGAGCCCAGCGCGCGGAAGAGUGGCAUCUUCGCUUUCAGGGGCUUCAGAAGCAGAUAGAUGAGAAGGACUCCGACAUCCAGCACCUGAAGGCACUUCUCGCCGGCAGACCGUCUCUCCGAGUGACGAGUGAGCUUCUCGCAGCUAAUGGGAUCCACGACAUUGCUAUGCCCAGCGCGCCUCGAGUCCAGAUGCCUCCCUUCACUAGGCUCGUCGAGAACGAGCCUGUGGAUCCUUCUCAGAAGUACGAGCUGCGCAAGGCUUACGACGCUGACCCGGUGGGCAGCCAGCAAUGGGGCGCUAAGGGCAUAGAUCUGGAAAACACCAACGGAGUCCUCACUACCAUCGCCAACCUGCCCCCGAAGCCUCGAGUCUUCGGAGAUAUCUUGCCACCACAAGAUCCACGCCGCCCCUACGUCGUUGUUCUCGACUCGGCGAUCUCAACGGAGAGAAACCCAACUUCUCUCAACACUCCCAGAAACAAGACUCCCUCCAUCGACACCUCCAGUCCCGCCAACCCCGCCACCGACGUUCGCAACAGCAACACCCGCACCGAGUCACACGAUCACGCCUCGAAGCACACCAGCUUGAUAGCAUCAUCAACCCAAGUACCGUCAAACCAAGCACGACCAAUUCCAGCACGACCAACUCCAGCACGACCAACUCCAGCGCGACCAACUCAAGCGCCAUCGCUCCAAGCAGCGCCAACCCAAGCCCCUCAACGCCAGCACCAUCCACGCCAGUUGUUGUAUGUACGCACUGCUGGCGAGACGGCGGAAUGUGCACGUCUGAGGCGACGUGCAAGACAUGCCGGAACAAGCGCAAGCGCUGCGUCUACCUUCUCUGUGGCGACGGCCACGACUGUCAGCGCAAGAAUUGCUACUACGUGCAUCCAGGCCAGCAGGUCGUGGGGAACGAGAUGCGCAAUGUGGAGUUUGGACAUCUCGGUCCGCGCGGAGGAAGAAAGAUGUAAGCGGAAGGGAAUGAGAGAAUCAGGCCGCAAAGGGUUGUUCGUUUGGCAACAAUUAAUAUGCACCUUCCAAGGAGUAAAUUACCAUGGUUUUCUAACAUCUCCAUCUCCUCAGACCAAAAGGGUCCCUCGUGCGCGUUUGUUUCCCGAUCACUUGAAGAACAACAUUGGACAAGCUGUCGUAAGCCAUCCUGGUGCCCCGGUCAUUCAGAAGUCGGUGGAUAUGAAUGCCGAGUAUGUCCGUGAUUUGUGUGCUUCAACGAACCCGGUCAAGAACUCCUGA